ACUGAGGGGGCACGCGCAUGCGUGUGAAUGGCGCAGCCCCCUCCGGCGGCGGCGGCAGCUUUCCCCUGUCGGUCGCUUCCUCCUUCCUCCAUAUCCCCUUUCCUCCCUCUCGAUGUUGGUCGUCGCCCUUCUGCCGUAGCCAGCUGUUUAAAAUGAAUCAUUCAUUGGAGAAUUCAAUUCCCUAUGAAGAAUACUUACGAAUGAAAGCACGGACAAUACCACAGCAUCGUAUGAAGGAAUUUUUGGAUUCCGUGAAUGGCAAAGGGUCUGAAGAAAUCCAGCAAUUCGUUCAAACCCCUGUUACAGUGUACCAGCAAAGAGGACAUUAUAUCUACAUGGACAGUGCUGAUGUUGCUGGGUCAUUGCUGGAGUUGUCCAGACCAAUAAGUUCUCCAAUUCAGCAACAUGUGUCACAGGGAUCACCACUAGGACAGCAGCAGAUGCAAUCUCACCAUGUACAGGCACAACAAGUCCACCAGUUGGAAAUUCAAACAGACCACCAGUCCUUGCAAGCGAAGCAAAUGCAAGCCCAGUUACAGUCGCAGUCAUCUUCUGAGGAGCCUCAACCUGGUAGUCAAGCUGUCAACUCCAUAGCGCAAGAAAGAAGACCAAGCUCUUCCGGUGUUCCACAGCCUGUGAAGAAAAGGAAAGUUGAUUUACCAACUGAAGAAAGCUAUACCAUGAGUCAGCCUUCAGUACAAAAUACCGUGACCACUGUGCUUACCCUGUCUUCUCAGGCCCAACAGCAAGGGUACAUUCCCAUUCGUCAGGAGCUGCUUACAGUGGACAGCAGUCAGUUAUAUGGUGUUGCUCCAGCUACCACUUCAGCUACAGGCCAGUUAUCCAACACAGAAUCAUGGACUAUAUAUACGACUCCUGCACCUUGCUCCGAAGGCCAAACUGUACUCCAGUCUGCAAUUCCUCAUGACACUUGUAAUUUAGUCCAAAUUGAUGAAAUUCCGAUGAGUAUGACUGGGAUCAAAAUAGAAGCUGACAAGGAUAAGACUCAAGUACUGUCAGAUGGUGGGAAAAACCUACAAGAUAAAAUGAUCCAGCCAUCUGUGACAGCUGCUUUUUCAACACAGUUUGUGAAUGUAAAUGGAAACCUCCAUAUUCCUGUUACAGUACAAGCUGGUGGGAGAGCAUUUCAGUCUCUGAAAUACUGGGAUCCUCAGCAAUUACAGGUUCAAGCAAUGCAGACACAUACGACGGAACAGCAAAUAGAGGUGCAGACUGAUUUAAUGCUUCCUGAUUCUCUAAAACCAGAAGAAGGGGCUAGUGUCUGGCAGAACUGGGCUCAAGUUAAGAAUGCAGAAAUUAUGAAGGAAGCUGAAAAUAAACCCCCUUUGCCAGGAAGACGACAGCCAAUGAAGUUUAGAGAAGAUGCUCUUUGUGCAACAUUAGUAGAACUCAAUUAUGGGCUUUGUUUGAUGACCAAAGAAGCAAGAUAUUCCGAUGGUUCACCCUAUGAAGCAGACUUGCUGUAUUAUUUCUUUCUUUGUAUUCAGAAGCAUAUGUUUGAAAAUGGAAGAAUAGAUAAUAUUUUUGCCGAUCUCUACUAUUCUAAAUUUACUGAAAAAUUACAUGAAGUGCUAAAAGAAUGGCAUCCUAAAAUAAGUCCACUUGGUUAUGUCAUCCCAAGUCGAAUUACUGAGGAGAUGCUCUGGGAUUGUAAACAAUUGGGAGCGCACUCUCCAGCUACUCUUUUGUACACACUUAUGUAUUUCAAUACCAAGUACUUCAUGCUUAAAACAGUCGAACAGCACUCUAAAUUAGCUUUCUCCAAAGUAUUAAAACAGAUGAAAAAGAAUCCAGGCAAUUCAAAGGAUAAAUGCUCUAGUAUACGAUAUCUGCGAUUAUAUGGACAACUUCAAGCCGGACAGAAAGUUACAGAAGAUAUGUAUGUGGAACAACUUGAAAAUUCCGAAAAUCCCUUGAGGUGUCCCAUAAAACUCUAUGACUUCUACCUCUUUAAAUGUCCACAGAGUGCUAAAGGGCGAAAUGAUGCCUUCUACUUGAACGCUGAACCAGUAGUUGCUCCAAAUAGCCCAAUUUGGUAUUCAACACAGCCAGUCAGUAAUGAGGCAAUGGAACAAAUGUUGACCAGAAUACUUAUGAUAAGGGAGGUUCAAGAAGCUUAUGUAAAUACAUAGAUUCCUCCCUUCUGGUGAGAAUUUCCCAAAGCAGGGUGCUGGUGGAGGAACUGCCAGUCAAACGUAAGUCAUAGGAAGAUUAUUUUGUCAGAGAAACAUCUUUGUUUCUUCCUGCUCCCUAAGAUGAUAUUCAUGCACAGUGUGCUUGAGGACUUAUGUAAUAUGAAUAUGGAUGUCAGAAUUUGUAAACCCCGUGAAUUUGUGGGUGGUUUGUAUUCCAGUUCUAAAGUUUGAGCAGUUCUAUUGUUUUCUUUAAACUAUACAUAAAAUGUAACUGUCUAAAUGAACAAACUGUAAAUAAGAGGAAAGUUUAAAAACUAUUUCUUCCAGUUGGUAGUAAAGUUUGCUACUUCAUCUAUAAAUUCUUUAAUGGAACUUUGAAUUAAAUAUAAAUUAUGUGCAUUCCAAUUUGUGGCAACACACAUAAUUGUGAUCAUUGUAUAACUUCUUGUUUGAAUCUAGACUCUCAGUUCUGUCUGUACUUUGAUUACAGAUGCUUCUAUGAACAGUCUUUUUUUUAGCAGACUGACAUGUUCUUUAAGUGUCUGUCUUUUUUUGUAUGUAAUGUACCUGGUGUACUUUAUGUGCCUAAUGUGGAUAUUCCACUACAGAUUUUGAGAAGAAACUUUAUAAAAUAUGAAAAUUACAUUUGCAUGAACAAACAUUAAAUUGGGUUUAAAAAAAAAUGUUGGCUUUAGGUUUUAAACCAGAUCAACGUUACCUCACGGACCUCGUGAUAUCGUGCCUUGGUAUUAGACAGGCACAGGAUAAUUUCUUAUGGACUAUAGUGUACUAGAAAGCUUUUUUGCAUAGUUAGUUUUGGUGGUUUUUACUUUUACGGGGGUAAUUAUUUUUUUCCACUUUAAUUUGUUUUGAAUCAUUGACUAAAAUCAGUACUGUUACACACGUAGUGCUUACCAGGGAUAUCAUGUUACCUUUGUAAUUUUUUAUACAGAUCAUUCACUAAUUUUGUUGGUCUAGGUAGAAACAAUAAAUUUUGCCUAUGAAAGUAAAA